ACUCCUCGUUCCUCGCUGCCCCUCAAAUACCCCUAUAAAUUCUCACUUCAUUUUGCCCUUCAUUUCCUCUUCACCAACAAAUCCAUAAAAAAAUAAAAAGAAAAGACAACUACUAGACAUGUAAAGAAAAAAAAUAAAUAAAAAGCAAAACUCAAAUUUGCUGACUCUUUUCCAAUUCUACCCCUCUCCUCAAACUCCCCCCUCUCUCUCCUCUUUUCCGGCAAUGGACAUCAGGCGGCGACAACCUCACGUGCCGCAUCACCUUAAACAUUCUCGCCGGAAGGAUAUCUCCCAUGGCGAUGAAUCCCCCAAAGCUUCCGAUGCUUUGCCUCUUCCUCUUUACCUUACUAACGCUUUUUUUCUGACGCUUUUCUUCUCUGUGGUGUACUUUCUCCUUCAACGAUGGAGGGAGAAGAUCCGUAAUUCUACUCCUCUUCAUGUUGUCUCUCUCUCCGAAAUUGCCGCCAUAGUCACUUUCUUGGCUUCGUUUAUAUAUCUUUUAGGGUUUUUUGGAAUUGAUUUUGUUCAAUCUUUUAUUUCUCCUCGUUCUUCUUUUGGAGAGGAAGAGGAUGAGGAAAAUAUGGAGGAGGAGAAGCGAAUCCUUAAAGAAGAUAAGCGUCCUCCUUGCGGAAUUCCAAUUCCUUUGCCGGAGAAGAAAAUGGAAAUUCAAAAUAUUCCGAAAAACUUAGAUCUCACACCGGAAGAUGAAGAGAUUGUUGAAUCAGUUGUGAAAGGAACAACUCCAUCGUAUUCAUUGGAAUCGAAGCUUGGAGAUUGUUUCCGAGCAGCGAAGAUUCGACGAGAAGCGCUUCAAAGAAUAACAGGGAGGUCAGUGAUGGGAUUGCCAUUGGAUGGAUUUGAUUAUGAGUCAAUUCUAGGACAAUGUUGUGAAAUGCCGGUUGGUUUUGUGCAAAUUCCGGUUGGAAUUGCUGGACCUUUGUUAUUAGAUGGGAGAGAGUACUCAGUUCCGAUGGCUACGACGGAAGGUUGCCUUGUUGCAAGUACUAAUCGAGGGUGUAAAGCGAUAUAUUUAUCAGGUGGUGCUUGUAGUGUGAUUUUGAAAGAUGGGAUGACUAGAGCUCCUGUUGUUAGGUUUGGAUCAGCUAGAAGAGCUGCUGAAUUGAAGUUUUUCCUGGAGGAUCCUGCUAAUUUUGAGACGGUUUCUCUCGUUUUCAACAAGUCUAGUAGAUUUGCAAGACUUCAGGAAGUGAAGUGUGCGAUUGCCGGGAAGAACUUGUAUGUCAGGUUUACUUGUAGCACUGGUGAUGCCAUGGGAAUGAACAUGGUGUCUAAAGGUGUUCAGAAUGUGUUGGAGUUCCUUCAUAGUGAUUUCCCUGAUAUGGAUGUUAUUGGAAUCUCUGGAAACUACUGCUCAGACAAGAAGCCAGCUGCUGUGAACUGGAUAGAAGGCAGGGGGAAAUCUGUCGUUUGUGAAGCUGUCAUCAGAGAGGAUGUUGUAAAGAAGGUCCUCAAGACAGACGUGGCUUCCCUUGUUGAGCUAAACAUGCUUAAGAAUCUUACUGGAUCUGCCGUGGCAGGCGCACUUGGUGGCUUUAAUGCGCAUGCUGCCAACAUUGUCUCUGCCAUCUAUAUUGCAACCGGCCAAGAUCCAGCUCAAAAUGUUGAAAGUUCUCAUUGUAUUACCAUGAUGGAAGCCGUUAAUGAUGGCAAAGAUCUUCAUAUUUCGGUUAGCAUGCCUUCUAUUGAGGUUGGAACAGUAGGAGGUGGAACCCAAUUAGCUUCUCAAGCAGCAUGCCUAAACUUAUUGGGAGUCAGAGGUGCAAACAGGGAGGCCGCCGGAGGAAACAGCAGGCUUUUGGCCUCCAUUGUUGCUGGUUCUGUUCUUGCCGGUGAGCUCUCUUUAAUGUCUGCGAUUGCUGCCGGACAACUUGUAAAGAGCCACAUGAAAUAUAAUCGAUCGAGCAGAGAUAUCAGUAAAGUCUCGUCCUAGAAGGAUCUGCUGCUUGGAUAUGAUCAAAAACCCUUCAUACGUCCUGAUGUAGUCAACGGUCAGGAAGAUUGACCAAAUCGAGUGGUCGAAAAGGGAGGAGCGAAAAAGAAAAGAGAGAGAGAUGUUUACAGAGAAUUCAGAUGUUUUUCUCUUGUCUAUCUUUUUAGCUUCUUGCAGAUGUGUGUAAAUUGAGAAGAAGGGAUUUAAGCUUGUGUUUGAUUUGUUUUAUUUCUUUACAGAAUACUGCACAGUUCAAUCAUCUUCUAUGCUUGAACUUUCAGUUUGCUUGUGUUUCAGAAAUAAGAGCAAAUGUCUAUAUUGUUACUUUUUAUCAUUUCUGUGUCUAUCCUUUCUCGUUUUUCCGCUC